AGCAAUGGUGUACGAGGUGAGCAAGUUGAUAAGUGUUGUUGUUUUUGUCCCAUAUGAGUCUGACUUUGUAUCAAGCGAUUCUUUACAAUUUUGUUCGAAAUUUGAGAUUCAUCAAUCGAGGGUACUUUAAAAAUUCCGAAAGUGUUUACACCUUCUCUGAUUGACCAAUUCAACGGUGAAAACUGGAGGUGUACUUCUGAGAAGACGCAACUAACUUUGUCACCGCCAGGCGGGUGCGACCGAAGCCAAGUAGACUGCUGUUCGGUGCAAGUUCAGUAAAUGGAUAAACUAUCAACAUUAAGGACUGAAUAUGAAGAGGUUGAUAAAUCCUGGUCUUGCUUCCAUGGCAAGGAGUUGACAGCAGAUAAGCUGGAGUUUGAGCGACAACUUGAUCAUCUGGUCCUCUGGAUUGAUGCCUGGUCGCACGUGCAGAGAUGUACAAUCCUAGAAGGUUUGAUGUCCCUGAGCAAUUUCAACCAAUUCUCGUUUCUGUCUACUACUCUUUUACCAACCCUUCAUCGGGAUUUUAUGUAUACAUCAAAGCAAGAUUUCCCCCAGAAUAAAUUCACACCCAUCAGCACGCAAGUAUCCAGGACGAAAAAAGUGAGACGACGCUUAAAGAAAUACCACCGCUUAGAAAGUGCUCAUCUUCAAGCUCGUAAGGACAUUAUACAAUGCAAUUCCCUACUUACACCUCCUCAGUCAGCAAAGGAGAUGAAUGCUGAUCAAACUCACAAUUACAAAUCAAGAUGGGAUUUACCAGGUUUAACCAAGAGUACCUCCAAAUUACCAACAAUACACAGAGGUCUUCCAAUGAAUUAUAAAAAGACGCAACAUCCACUGAGCAAGUCAGCACCAGCAGGAGGGGUCAGGGUUAAUGUAUUUCCCUCUAUACGGAGACAUGUCCAAGAAACACAGGUUGCUAAUAAUGUUCAUAGCUCUAACUUGAAGGAGAUACGUUAUGAGCCAAUGGUAGUGGAAGAGAGACCUCGCUUGGUGAAAUCUAUGUCGGCAAUUCAGCUGAACAGAACAAGAUCUUCCAUGUCAGGAACAGAUCCUAGAAAUUUAGAGCCAGUGGUGUCCAAGCCAGAUGAGGCAUGGCAACUGUUUCAUUGGUACACAAGCUACUGGACAGAUGUUCAAAGGAAUGAGUUUCUUCACCUCUUGAUGAAGCGUUUGGAUGCAAGGCAGCUAUAUUUUGUCUCAAGCAUAUUGGCGUUGAAGAAGUAUCGAGACUUCAUAACUUUGCUUCCAGAAGACAUCGCGUUUAGAAUUUUGCGCAAUCUUGACCCUAAACAUUUGUUGAUUGCUGCUCGAGUAAGUCAUGCAUGGAACAAACUAUCAAGUCAUAAUGAAGUAUGGAAGGCCAAAUGUGAUCAGGUUAAUAUUGCUGUGCCUAUUCCAGAAAAUGAAGUAAGAUGGAAAGAUAUUUAUCGCGAUAACAAAUUCCUGAAACGUAAUUGGAACAGCGGACAAUGUAAAGAAACUGACCUCAAGGGACAUUCUGCUAAAGUUUUAUCAGUUGUACAUGAUGGUAAUAACCGAUUGGCUAGUGGUAGUAAAGACACAACGAUUAAAUUAUGGGAUGCAAAAAGUGGUCAUCUUCUACAGACAUUAAAAGGACACACGAAAGGAGUUUGGUGUCUGCAGUUUUUUACUGAAAACUUGCUUGUUAGUGGUUCUUUUGAUAACACAAUAAAAGUUUGGAACCUGCGGACAGGAUCAUGUAGUAGGACAUUGUAUGGGCAUAAUGGGGCAGUGUGGGCGAUGGUUCGCAAGAAAAACCUACUUGCAUCUGCCUCGCAGGACAGGACGGCUAAACUGUGGCAUAUUGGACGGUGUAUGCUGCUUCACACGCUGUCUGGGCAUGCCCAGGCUGUCUUUUGCAUUGACAUGGAUGAUAACUGUACUAUUGUGAUAACAGGCUCAGCUGACAGAAGCAUUCGAAUAUGGAGCACAGAAACAGGUCGGCACAUGAAGGUCAUAUGGGCAAGUCAGACAACCUCAAUAAUGUCACUUAGCUAUCACCAUGGUUACAUAGCAUGCUCUGUUGGUGAGAUCAUCUCUCUAUGGAGGGUUGAUACCGGGGUCUGCGUUAGAACAUUCGAUGAACAUGAAAAACGAGUUGAAAGUUUAAAUGUACGAGUAGAUGAUACAUCAGACCCAGACAAUCCUAGUGGGCUACUGGUGAGUGCUGGACAGGAUGGCCACAUAAAGUACUGGGAUAUUUUAAAGGGCAAAUGUAAGCAUACACUACGAGGCCAUUCAACACAAAUCAACUGCAUCGUGUGUGAUAAGACGAAAAUAGUUAGUGCAUCCUAUGACAAUAAACUGCGUGUGUGGGACUUCAAUACUGUUGUGUGACAGAGAGGGCGGUCUUUAAAGUGUGUGUUACCAUAAAUUGAGAUACUGUAUAUGCAAAAGUGGAGUGAUUGCAAUAUUCAGUAGUUCACCACAGAGAAUUAUUUAGUAUACAUAGUUGUUAUAUUUCUGUGACCAGAAAAGUACUACUAUUUGUCCAGAUAAUAAUACAUUUAUGGCAUAUAAGAAAUUGUACAUAUUCAAUGUAAAUUUUUUAAUCUAUAGUUUUCAUUUUUAUACUACCCAUUUUAUACAUAUCUAAGUGUAUUCUGCUAACCAGUUGUAAAGGUAGUGUCGAGAUGACAUUUAUUGAGCAUGAUUUCACUUGCUUUCCCAUACAAAUUGCCACCAAUAAGUACUUCUCUACUCACAGAAAUUCAACUGGAGUAGAGUUGAAUUUGCAUUCUAAUCCCAUGGUCCUGGGUUUAAUUCCUGUUAGCAGGACUUUUUCUAAACGACUGAAGACAACUCCACUCCGUAGCCUCAAAAAGAGACUUCGCUGAUAAAACCAUCACAAUAUCUCAUCAUGGACCUAUUAAUAA